UCCCACUCGGAGAUAAAUUCUGGAGAGAUAGGUCUGAUAAGAUUUACCAGACAACUUUCAAGCACGACUUCAAUUCAUUUAGCCUCUUAACAAAAACUGCUGCUGUUCCUCCACCUGAACCAACAAAUUUUGAGCACAAGGAUCUUCAACAUUACAAAGAGUUCCAGACAGAAAUGGCCAGCAACUUUUUUCAUCAUCCAACUGUCUUUUCUACCUGUACCCCGGCAUGGACUAAGCUCACAACUAACUUUAAAAUGCACACAGACCAACGUCACCAAAGCUUCAGCACCACUCAGACUGACAGUUUCCAACCUUUUCAUUUACUGUCAACCAGGCCCAGACCUGUUAAUGUUGUCAAGACUGCUGAGAUUAAAAAGCAAGCAGAAAAGCUUCCUGAGACCACACAGAGAGAAUCUUAUGUUGCACACAAGGUCUCACCCGUGAUUAAAGCUGAUACGAAGCACCUAGGUGGAUUUCCAACAAUUACUGGUGAUAGAAAGAGCCUGUUCCCAAGCUCCAGUUACAACGAAGACUUCCAAUAUAGACCUUCAUCUCCAGCAAAGUCUACUAAAAAGAAAUUUCAGUCAUUCAUGGAAAUGGGCGACAGACAAAAAAUAGUGGAAAGUGAAACAACGCAUUCAGCCUCAUUUCCCAAAGUAGUUGCCCAGAGCCGUGUUUCUGUAAAGACACGUAUGCCUGUCAAUCUUGGGGACUCUCCGGAACCCAAAUGGACCACCACCACAUCUGAGGCUUUUAAAGAAAUCAAGCCUGCCCGAAUUUCUAUUCAAUCAAGAUCAAAGACUUUGAGCUUUGUGCCUCUAGGAGACACAGAUGCAAAGAGCAACCAAGAAAGAAUGACCAGCACAACCAACCGAUUUUACUUCUCUGAGAAAAACCAUAAUCAGUUUCCUGUUCAUGUGGAUGGGCCGAACCUAAGGACCAAGAGUAACGUUGAGUUUGGGAAGCCCAAACAUGGAGGAAUGUUUUACAGCACCACAACUCAUGACAGCUAUCCACAAAAAGAGUUUGCUCAGGUCAAACCAUGUACUUAUCCACCCGGCCAUGUCCUGGGAGAUCAAGAAUCUCGUCCAGCUGUCUCUACUGUCAAAAUGGACUAUCUUUCUUUAAAUAGUAAAAGAAAUGAGUUAAACCCUGUGCAGCUGCAACAGAUUAAAGCCAGUCACAUCCGGCCUCAGGACAGUAAAUGUUACUUCGAAACAACCUACAAAGAACAUUUCAAAGAACAUCGUACACCCAUCUAGAAGCUCAUCUUUGACAACCAGUCCAACUUUAAUUUUGACAAGAUCACCACCCUAAAGUAGAAAAUACUACAUUGCAAAACUCUCCUCUACUGAAGAUGUCUUCUAUUAUGUUCAAUAAAGGGUUACA